UGGGCGCGCGGCGGUGACCGGGCGAGCAGGCCGCGGCGGCGGGCGGCGAGGGCGGCAGCCAUGAGGGCGCUGACGGCACUGCUGGUGCUGGGGCUGACGCUGGUGCUGGUGCGGGGAAAUAAAGCCGCCCAUGGGUUGGUGCAAACCACUGGAGGAACAGCGGCCUCAACUGAAGGACUGCAUAGUGGGGAUAAUGCCUCAAGAGCAGCACAGUACGACGGAGAAACGGUCUCAGCUGCAGCAGCUUACGACGAAGGAACGGGCGACGGAGCAGCAGAUCAACAGAAGGACACGGUUCCAGCAGCAGUUUUGUAUGCGCUGGUGUCGGCGCUGUCCACCGCUCGCGGGGACACGCUGCACGCGGACGCGGUGUACCAUCUGCACCUGACCGGAGGGAGGCGGCCAGAGGUGGACAGUGUGCGCGUCUCCCGCCUGCCGCCGGCGCCGACAGGGCACAGAGGCCAGACGGCGGACGGGGGGCGGGCCCGACCGACCGCUGCCGGUAACAGCUCGCCCCCGGCAGCGGCCGGUCAGCAGGCGGCUCCACUUGCCGAGUACUCGGCGGGUCAAAUGUACUUCACGCCCAGGAUGCUGUAUGUCGGUGAUGACAGCACCGAGAGGACCGUCAGCCGCGGCUCCCGGUCCAGCCGGCGCUCUGACAGGGCUCGUCGGACCCGGGCCAGCUCCCGGAGACCCCGGACGGCCCGUCGGGACAGCCGCCAGGCCGGCUGGGGGCCGCCGGAGCUGCGCCGGCCUCCGUCCCCGCCUGCCGCCGACCCGGGAUACAGUACGGCGGAGCGGUACGACCCGCAGUAUGAGACCGAGUGUCCUCGCACUCCUCACGACCCAGACGGCGACUGCAUCAAAGGCGAGGCGGGCACCGACUACCCGACCCUGGACACCAUCCCGCGUACAGGCUUCUCGUGCCGCGGCCGACCAGCAGGGUACUACGCCGACGAGGAGACACGGUGUCAGGUGUGGCACUACUGUUCGACCACCCACGUCCGGCAGUCGUUCCUGUGUACUCGCGGCACCGUGUUCAACCAGCUGCACCUCGUCUGCGACUGGUGGUACGCCGUCGAGUGCGGCCGGUCCGACUCCUUCCACUACGUCAACAACCGGCUGUACGGCGCCGCAGAGCGGGCAGAGGAGCCGUCAGACGACCUCGGACGGCAGGAAUACAGUAGCUAUACUGGGUACGGAGCGCGGCGGGCUAGAUACCAGCGGCAGGGGCAGGAACAGGAGAGAAUUGGAACGGACAGAGCGAGGGACGAGAAUGGAGAUAGGGAGGAGCGGGAACUACAAGCGAGAGAACGGGACGUCAGAGAACGGGCCGAGAGACAGCGAGAUGAGAGAGGGGAGCUCCAGGAUAGGGAGCGAGAGGCAAGAGAGCGAGAGGAAAGAGGACGAGACAUAAAAGAGCGAGAAGAGAGGGGACGGGAGAUAAGUGAACGAACUGCUGCAAGGGAGCGGGAGGCGAGAGAGCGAGAAACAAAAGAGCGAGAAGACAGAGAACAAGAAGCAAGAGUGCGAGCUGCAAGAGAGCGAGAGCAAAGAGAACUAGAGGCAAGAAAGCAAAAGGCAAGAGAGCGAGAUAUAAGAGAGCGAGAGGCAGCAAGAGAACGACACACACCUCACGGCGGCGGCCGCUGUGGGCCGGCGGUCGGCGCCGCGGACGCUGGGUCGCCGUGCCCCGCACCUACACGGCAGCAGGGCACCUGGUGGGCACACCGCGACCGGUAG